AUAACCUGACUAUCGAAAAGUCAUGUGUAUAGUACUUGGGUACACGUGAUUCAGAAUAUUAAUUUUGUAUAUUAAUUAUACUAAACAAUUCAUCGAAAUGAAACUCAAAAAUUUACGAAUAAAUCCUUUAAGUCAAGUUCAGAAAAAGAAAAAUGAAGAAGAACCAAGUACUUCAGAACACAAAACAUCAGAGGUUAUUUUGCCUUCUGACAGCAAUUUUAAUCACAUAAAGUGUAAAGCAGUUCGUUAUCAGAAAUGUCAGAAGUUAAUGAAAGAAAAAGCAAAAGCAAAAAAAGAAGCUAAGAAGAAAAGAAUUCAAGAAGGUGGCCCAAAACAAGUUCCACAUACUAUUGAAAGCUUAAGAGAAAAAGAUGAAACUACUGUCACUGGUGAUCUCGAUGAUGAAGAGAAUGCAGAACUUAAAGUUGAUUUUGAACAUGAUGAAUUUGCUGCUUACUAUAGACAUGCUUAUGAACCUAAAGUUUUGAUUACUUUUAGUGACAAUCCAACAAGAAAGAAUAGAAUUUUUGGAAGAGAAUUAACGAGAAUAAUACCAAAUUCUAUCUCUUUAUAUAGAAAUCGUUCUGGAGUAAAGAAAAUGGUAAAAAGUGCUAUUGCAAAAAAUUUCACUGACAUUGUAAUUGUUAAUGAAGAUCAGUGCAAACCAAACGGUAUGUUAAUUAUUCAUUUACCUGAUGGACCAACAGCACACUUUAAACUUAGCAAUGUUAAGUUAACAACAGAUUUAAAACGUAAUCAUAAAGAAAUUUCUAACCAUAGACCAGAAGUUAUUUUAAACAAUUUCACUACUCGCUUGGGUUGUACAAUUGGUAGAAUGUUAGGAGCACUGUUUCAUUAUGAACCUGAAUUUAAAGGCAGGAGAGUAGUAACAUUCCAUAAUCAAAGAGAUUAUAUAUUCUUCAGACAUCAUAGGUAUCAAUUUGACAUGAAAAGAGGUAAACCCAGAUUGAGAGAGUUAGGACCAAGAUUUACCUUAAAAUUGAAAUCAUUACAACAUGGAACAUUUGACAGUAAAUAUGGGGAAUAUGAAUGGCUGAUACAAGGAAAAAGACACGAUAUGGAAACUAGUAGAAGAAAGUUCUUCUUAUAAAGUUUAUUAUUUAAUACAAAGGUUUAAUUACUUUAAAUAAAUAAUAAAAAGCUUUUUUAUAAGAAAUAUAAAAA